GGGAGGGGAGCAGAGAGAGGAGUGACUACUGAUGCUUCAGUAAUCUGUGCUGUGUGAGUCAGUGCUGUGGAGAGCAGAGCGGCAACAGAAACAGAAGCAGCAGCAACGUGAGACACGUUUCACUCUCAAAAGCGUCAACAACGCAGAGGAGCAGGAUGGGAAAACUGAGCGGCUAAGCAAGAGGAGGAAGUGAGACAGCCAUACAGAAAGAAAGAAGUGAGGGAGAGGAGCGAGAAGACGGAUCGACAGCUUCUUUUUUGACAGCCACCUUUUUUCGCUGUUGAAAGACUGACUGUGGAAGAUCACUGAUUUGCCAUUUUCAAUUGACAGAUCAGUCUAAACUGAUCCAGAGGAGGAGAAAGUUAAAUAUUAAACAUUGGAGGUGGCAUCAGGUUUAGGACUCGACGUGGUGCAGGGAUGUCCUGGUUGUCUCCAGUCCAGUGGGCCAAAUGGACAUGGUCAGCAGUGACUGGGGUUGCCGGAGAUGAUGGGGAGCCCAGAGCGAAGGAUGACAGAGAGGACAAUUCAGACUCGGAGGGAACCUUUGAGACUCCAGAGGUGGAGUCUCCAGGUGUUGUGAAGAUACUGAGCCAACUGGACAACUCCAACCAGACAGUUCUUCCUGAUGUAACAAACCCCCUUCUGGACAAGAACUCUAACCAGGAUGUCGGUACACUUUCAAUCCAAGAGGUUGAUUCCCUGAACAACCUCACCAGCUCCCUACCUAACAGCAGCAGCUUCAGUUUGGAUCAGAACCUUAAUUUGACCCUAAGCAACAAACCGAGUCCAGGUGACGGCCUCUUCCCGUCCACCCCUCUGCCCCAGCCUCAAGCUCUCCGGCCCCCGUCGCUCUCCGUCCUCUCCCCGCUGAACAAACCCGAUCCUACGGAGGUGGACGACGAGGCUCCGGUGACGUCUGACUCCAGCCCAGACUCAAACUUGAUCCCCAGUCAUGACGUUUGUGUGGACCCUGAUUUGCUCAAUGGCAACAUGAACUCUGACACUGUGCUGUCAAACACAAAACUGACCUGCGAGACCAGCAACACCAUAAUCACGAACUCCUGUAAAGUGAAGCAGAACCAGCCGAUGCAAAAGGACUUUGGUGCACAGGAUGACCAUCAUGGGGGCCACGCCACAGACGAAGAGAAGUUGGCGAGCAGUGCAAGUGUCAAACCAGACAAGGACCAAAGCAUGCAAGACUGCAAUAUGACAUCCAAACCUGAGGAGUCAGACUGCUGCUCUGUGCAGUACGAGGACACGUGCAAACGGAAGAACAAGUCGAGGGAAAGUGAGAUGCAGAAAACAGGAAGUCAGGUCCUGGAUUCCAUCUGCAUCAGUGAGGCAGAAAAGCAGGCCGUUCUCACCCUCAUUAGAGAGGAGAUCAUCACUAAAGAGGUGGAAGCCAGCGACUGGAAGAAAAAGUACGAAGACUGCAGACAAGAAGUCACUGAGAUGAGAAAGAUUGUUGCAGAGUAUGAGAAGACAAUUGCUCAGAUGAUCGAGGACGAGCAGCGCAACAGCCUGAGCUCCCAGAAGGCUUUGCACGCAGUGACAAUGGAGAAGGAAGCUGCCCUGGCAGAUCUGAACUCCGUGGAGCGCUCUCUGUCAGACGUGUUUCGGCGUUACGAAAAUAUGAAGAGCACGUUGGAGGGCUUUAAGAAAAAUGAAGAGGUGCUGAAGAAGUGUGCUCAGGAGUAUCUGGCUAGAGUCAAACAGGAGGAGCAGAGAUACCUGACACUUAAGCUCCAUGCUGAGGAGAAACUAGACAAGGCCAAUGAGGAGAUUGCACAGGUGCGCGCGAAGGCCAGCUCAGAGAACAUGGCGCUGACCGCCAGUCUGAGGAAGGAGCAGAUGAAGAAUGAGUCUCUGGAACAAGCCCUGCAGCAGAAGAAUCAAGAGAUGGAGGAACUCACAAAGAUCUGUGAUGAGCUGAUUGCCAAAAUGGGGAAAAUAGACUGAGAGACACUUCCUGUGAAACAGCCACUACCAUCCCUCUGGUCUUGCCUACAGUGACGCCCCGUGCAUGCCCCCAGCCAGGAAGCAGCUCUCAUACCCUGCGCCAGCCCUGCAUCUCAGAGACUGCUUAUGUACACAAGUCUAAAGUAACUUCCCGUAUACUGCAAUUGCACUACUUGUGGCCAGAAUCGAGAAGGUUCUGUAAAUGCUAAUUAUUGUUGGGACUUUGUUAUACGUGGUCACAUUGUUUUGUUUGCAUUUAUUGCCCAUUAUGAGGUCAUCUGGACCCCUUGUGCUUUCAUGCAUCAUGCCAGCGAACAACAACCUGCUUGUGACUCAACUUAAAUUCCCAGCAGCUUAACGGCUAAAUUCCUAAAUGCUCUUGCAGGAUGACAUCAGAUUUAGUGCAGGCUGGGCUUGUUGUGAAGUUUCAUUUGGGCUUGUGCUUGGAUGGGCUUUUUGACAAGGAUUGUUUUAAAGCAACAAUCCAUAAAAUGUAUUUGUCUGUGACGUAAACAAGGAUUUCACUCUGAAAGAGAGAGACUCAGGGGUAUUGUGUAAGGGAGAAUGAGGUCAGGGUUAAAGUCAAGCUGCACAAGAGCUGAAGAAAAGGAUUUAUGAUUGUUUGAGGAAGUACAGUAGUCCUGAGUAGCCUUUGGUUUGUUGAGGAGUGACACUGCAACCAGAAGAGUCUGGACCACUGUUCAGUGAAACUAAAGCUGCAAAUAAUUCAAAGUUUUUGCUUUACUUGAUUUACAGCACUACACAGAUGGGAUUUUAGACAAUUCAAGUUGCUGCAGAAUGUCUUUCACAGAGAAGUACAAUAACCUGACAAUCAUGGACUUUCCUGUGACUGUAUAAACUUUGUGGUGGUGUCUUUUCUGAUCCACAAAGUCAAUACAGAGACGACUUAAUCCUGAAGUGUAAAUCAGCUCCACCACUCUUCAUUAACUAUCAACUGGACAAAGUUAAAACAUAAUGACACUAUAUUUUGGUUGAAGAUAUUAAGAUUAGCAAGUGCUGAAAGUAAAGUUCUUUUUUUUAAACCAUCACUCUCUCACCGAGUGUCCACUAAUCACAUUUACCUCUUACCAUAAAGGAAACUAAGAGUUUGACAACUUUGUCAUAAGUUUUUUUUUUUUUUUUUUUGAACAUGUGAGCUCUCAUUACUGUAUUUACAGCACCACACUACUUAGUGUGAUAAAUCUGUGAUAAAUCUGUUUCUUUGCAUGUUUAUUUUCAUGGCUUUGCAUUCUCAGGAUUCAGAUUGUUUUCUUAACACACUAGUAAAACUGGUUGUGUUCGGCACAUUGCUUUAGUAAUGACUUGGAAGUUGUGACGUAACUGGGUACUAGUGAAAAUAUUUCAGAACUGGUGGCAAUGUGAUACCUGAGUAUUGAUUCUUAUUUAAAAAAAAACCAAAACAAAACACUUCAAUGCUUACCUUUUUCUACAAAAGAAAAUUUCUUUCCAACAACAUCAGUGUUUACUGGAGGCUUAACAAACUACUAUUUACCUCAGUAUAAGAAAAUUUCCAUUUCUAAACAUUAGUGACUAAACAUUUAGUUAUAAUUUUUGUUACUUUUCAGGUUUCAUUACUCAGUUCUGCGGAGUCAGUCAUAUCGAAAAAGUUUUAAUGUCUGAUAUGCAGCCAUUUAACCACCAUGUAAAUCCACUUAUGACACAAAACCCACGGGUGUGCCACAGUUUAUAUUUGUACCAUUCUAAUGUCACAUUACCUCUCGUCACUCAGCUGGUUCAUCUUUGUUUUAUGAAAAUACUGUUUUGUCACUUUAGCCCCUUUCUUCAGUUAUUGUUUGUGUUUGUAAAUUAGAAAUGGCAAUCUCACACUUGUGCUGACACAUUGAGGAUUAACAGUGAGUGUGUGUACAUUUGCCUAAAUAAAAACAAAAUAU